UGACAGUAUUGGACUGUCAAAGCAACGAGAGAUGCAAGGGGACUACGCCCAAGCCAAGCUCUCAGCGUGGGAGCGCGAGCGUGCGAUUCGCCUCGAGGCCAAACAACGGCGCGAGAAGCUCGAGGCGGCCAAGCGGGCGACGGCCCAUCCAGCGCCAGCGUCUCACAUUCCAAAACCGACUGCAAAGGCCACUGGCGACGAAGAGAAGCGUCCGGAAGCCACACUCCGAGCGUACACUCUGACCUUGUACCGCAGCUCGAAUUGA